GGGUUUGUUUAUUUGGAAAAAAACAGACCGCAAUCCGAUGCAUUUUACACUAGUUACAACUUAUUUUGUUAUCACUUAAAAUGGAUGAAAAUUGUAUUGAAGUUUUAAAAAAUCAGCUUUCAAUUGCGCGAAACGAAAUUAAGAAUCUCAGGCUUCAAAUUGGAAAUCUGCAACAUGUCCAUCAGAAAGAGAUUCAAAAUAUCAACCAAAAACUAGAAUCUUUUCAAUGCGAGUCUUGCCGUACGAAUCAGAUUGAUAGUAUUGCUAGCAAUACCAUUAUCAAUGAACCAAGUAAUAGUAAGCUAGAGUUCGAGCCUAUCGGUGUUAUUAAAACAGUUUUUCCGGAGAAAAAGGCUGUUCCUAGACAAGCGAACAUGUUUUCGCAGGUUGUGAGUCGGAUUGAACUUAGCUCGGCCAUAUUCAACAACCCGGAACAUUCACUCGAUGGAUUGGAGAAGUUUUCACAUGUUUGGAUUAUAUAUCACUUUCAUCGAAACCAAGCACAUCUAAAGGCUAAAGUUGCCCCUCCCCGUCUAGGAGGAGAAAGGGUGGGUGUUUUUAGCACCAGAUCUCCCCACCGACCGUGUCCAAUCGGUCUUUCUUUGGUUCAACUUGACAGAAUUGAGGGUUCUUCCAUCUAUUUUUUUGGAACCGACAUGGUAAAUGAUACACCAGUACUUGACAUUAAACCAUACAUACCUCAGUAUGAUGUACCGGAAAAGUUUGACGAACAGCAAUUUCACUGGUCAAGGGAAGCGCCAGACGGAGAGGAAAAUUUCGAAAACACUGCAUCGGUUAGACCAGUGCCUUCUAACGCGAUCUCCUCUGUUGCUGUUCCUAAUUGGGUUCUCAAUAGCUCUACUUUACGAGUCCUUUUCAACGAAAAUGCAGAAAAUCAAAUUAAAGAAUUAGCUAUCGAUAAGAAAUCCAUUGCAGAUAUACUUAAGGCGGAUCCGCGAUCAGUUUAUCUUCGUACCAAGUAUGGAUCACAGAUAUUUACGUUCCAGUUGAGCAAUAAUACUGUCACCUGUAAAUUUGACGACCAACAAUCCACGGUAACAGUAUUGCAGGUAAGGAAAGUGAUAAAUUUGUGUGAUCUCGCUUCUGGCAGUCAAGACGAGUUGUAGUUCUUUGUUGAAUGUAAUAAAACAGAUAAAAGGA